AGCGGAAGUCCUGUUUGUGCCGGAGGAUGUUUACGAAUUUCUGUUCAUUGUUUUGUCUUGCGGGUUUACCAAUUAUCUCUGCUUUUUGAUAGUGCACCCGCUAGUUUUAAUCUCUUUAAUACAGAGGUUUUGUCACACUUUUGGUCCGGUAACGUCUGGUUUGAUACCUGCUUGUCCACCCAUGGCUGCUGUUGAACCGGCUGGUCGGGUUCGUUUUCCCUCACGGCGACGUCUCUCUGCAGGGUAGACCGACCCGGACUCACCGAGCCUGGUUCCAGAGUGCCAACAUCCGGAGCAGAGCUGCCUAAAUACCAAAGCCUGUUUGAACCUUUGUGCGUGUGAUCCCAAUGGAGACCUCUCGGGUGACUUUGGCAGUGAGGGGGCAAACCUCUCCAGGCGAGGUGAUUGCUGUUGUUGGAAGCUGUGAAGCCCUGGGAAGCUGGAGCCACCAGAGAGCUGUGACCUUACAUCCCCUUGGUGAUGAAGGACACACGUGGACCACAACAGUCACUGUGCCGAAAGGCACGGUUACCAAAUAUCGCUACUUCAAGGGUUUCUUUCUGGAUUCAAAGAGUGCAGGUGGUCCCUGUCAAGUGAUAGUCAAUAUGUGGGAGACCCAUCAUCACCCCCGCACGAUGAGCCCCACAGCCUCACAGCACAAUAUUGACGAUGGACAGUUUGGAAUUCACGAUGGGGUGAACUGUGUUGACUCCGGGUGGCUGACCUGCCAGACGGAAAUUCGCUUGCGGCUGCACUACUCCAAGAUGUCUCCGGUUUCCAUCACCAAGAAGAAAUUCAAGAAGUCUCGCUUCAGGAUCAAGUUGACUCUGGAAGGCAUCGAAGAGGAGGAAGAGGAUGAAGAUGAGCACAGCCCCUCAUCCUGGCAUAAGAUGACGACCACUCUGGGAAUCAGUAUGAUCAGUGCCAACGGCUACAAGUCGCGCCACUCCCAACCCGAGUGCGGUUAUGCCCUCGAGCCCUCGCGGUGGACCGAGUACAGUAUCCACACCAUGGAUCCAGACAACCUGGAGCUCACCUUUGACUUCUUUGAGGAGGAUCUGAGUGAGCAUGUAGUGCAGGGAGAUGUCCACCCAGGACACGCAGGCACAGCCUGCCUCCUGUCGUCCUCAUUUUUAGAGAGCGGCAAAGACACAGGAGUCGUGACCCUUCCAAUAAUGGGGAGAAACUCCAGACAGACCAUCGGGAAAGUAAGAGUGGAUUACCUGGUAAUCCGACCCAUACGCGGGCUGCAGUGUGACAUGAGCGCGUCGUUCGUGCGGUACUGGAAGAAGAGAAGCACUCUGGAUGUGGGUCACAGGGGAGCUGGCAGCACACACACCGCAAAGCACCACCGAGUCAGGGAGAACACCAUCGCCUCGUUCAAAAGUGCUGCUCAACAUGGCGCAGCCUUUGUCGAGUUUGACGUUCACCUCUCCAAGGACGCCGUUCCCAUUGUUUAUCAUGAUCUGACUUGCUGCAUAUCCACCAAGAAGAAGAAAAACGACCAGACUCUGGAACUGAUCGAGGUGCCAGUGAAAGAUCUGACAUUUGAUCAGCUGCAGCUUUUGAAGCUGGCCCACGCCACUGCCAUGACAGGAAGCGAUCACAAAGACCUGCUGGACGAUGAGGACGAAAUAGACGAGCAUCAGCCGUUCCCGUCGCUGUCGCAGAUCUUUCAUUCUGUCCCCGAGCAUGUCGGCUUCAACAUCGAGCUCAAGUGGAUCUGCCAGUUGAAGGAUGGCUCAUGGGAUGGAAACCUGUCGUCCUACUUCAACAUGAACAGCUUCCUCGACACCGUCCUGUCCUGUGUGCUGCAGAACGGCGGGAAGAGAAAGAUCGUCUUCUCCUGUUUCGACCCGGAUAUCUGCACAAUGGUGCGUAACAAGCAGAACAAGUACCCCAUCCUCUUCCUGACUCAGGGAAUCUCAGAGAAGUACCCGGAGCUGAUGGACAUCCGCUGCCAAACCACCCAGAUCGCCAUCAGCUUCGCUCAGAGCGAAAAUAUUCUGGGAAUCAGCGCUCACACCGAGGAGCUGCUGAACCACCUGAACUACAUCGGCGACGCCCAGGCCAAGGGCCUGGUGGUCUUCAGCUGGGGGGACGACAACAACGAACACGAGAACAGGAAGAAGCUGAGAGAGCAGGGCAUCGACGGGCUCAUCUAUGACAGUAUCUGCGAUGACCAAGCAGAGGAGCCAAACUUCUUCCAGGUAGAGGAGCAGCACUCCCUGCAGGAGGUGAUCACCGAGGAGACCCUGAAGAGCUCCACCUGCUCCUGCUACUCCAUCCCGUGCGCCAUGGCGCCCUGCAUCGCCUCCAAGGCCCGCGCUGGGAGCGCCGAGUCUGACUCGGGCCUCAGCUCGUCCUAAAGCCACCCACAUUUUGCACAUGCAAGAGGACCAAGUUGGGAAUGUGUAAAUAACUCACAGGAAUCAUGUUGAAAACAAUGCAUGCAUCAGAACGUGCUUUUUCUUUUCCCCGCCACUCGUCUCCUCAGGAUUACCGACAACACCUCAUCUCCACUCCACCCAGCCAUACACACACCCGCGACUCUUCUCUAGGGUUUUGCUAAUGAAUCGGCACGCUGUGCACACAGGAAGAGCAAUAUCAAACUUUGAUAUUUUACAUCUCAGGAUGUAUUUAUGAAGCCAAACUGUUUUGUGCUAAUAGGAAUUCAUUCAGUAUUUACUGGGGCAGAGGAUUCGCUAAAUGUGUGUCAAAGUUCCUGAUGCUGCAGGAAUUCGCUGUUUAUUUUAGAUCAUUUCUGUCUACGUAGCCAUAACAUGAGGUGGGUUUUAUUUUAAUCCAGCAAGUCCAGAGCAGUUUCUGGAUUUCUUUCACGAAUAGCAGAAAAGGUUUGAUGACAGAGCAGGUCAUGAAAUACUUUGGUCUUUGCUGAUUGACUUCAGCGCAUGGUUCAGAUCUACAGAACUGAUUAACUUCCUCUUGAACAAUGACUUGGCGUAGUUUAAAGCUCCUGUUUUCCCGGCCUUCAGGCUCUUUGUUUAUCCUCCCAGUGAUCGGUAGUUAUUUUAGUGUGUUACAUUCUUUACUAUGCACAUCUACUUGAUUUGAGAAAAUGCAGAAGAAUGUUUUUUUUUUCUUCUUUUUUUCUUUGCAACAGUGCACAUAAAGUCCACAGCCUUAAUGGGAAAAUGAAAGUAUUGUCAGCUGCUGGCCAUUCGUUUAAGAUUACCAUUACUUCACUCGUCAUCUGUACACAAUGAACACUUAGUGUCGGUCCUUCUUGAAAAAUUUCAAUUACCUUCACAACAUCAAUCUGCUUUGAGUGCCAGGAUAUUUUCUGGCCCCAUUGACUCCUGGGAAUUUAUGUAUAUACAAAUAAAUAGUGACUGUAUAGCUGUUUUAUCGCACAAAUAUGUCUCAAAGACAAGCUCACUAGAGCGCUGCAUGGUCUGUAAAUCUGUGAUUGAACAGAUGAAAUAAUGAAAUGUAACAUGUAACCGCCUCCUCUCAUGUAAAUAAAAGCGAAA